AAGUUUCACGUGACACAACCUUUGAAGUUCGUCCGAAAUCAAUGGUGUUUGGAUUAUGUCCAAUGCCCGGCGACGCAGUGACCUGGCGAACUCUCUCUACUCAAAAUUAGGGCUGAAUCGCGCCUCUGUGCUCUCCGCCCCUCCUCCUCUCUCUCUUUCGGGCCUUGCACGAAUUUUUUGAUAUCUUCUCCUUCGUUCUCUUCAACGGUUUAUUACUUCGGCAAUCAAAAUGAGCACUACUCCUCUCUCCACCGCCCACUCAUUCCAGACCAGAAUAAAAGCUCCAUUUUUAUCCUCCAUGUUGGUGAGAAGCCCAGCUUCCCUUUCCUUCACCAAAUCCAUUUCAAAAACAUCCAGUCUCAAGACUGAAUCAAACUGCUUCAAGGCCGCCGCCAUGGCAGCCUACAAGGUCAAGCUCAUCAGUCCAGACGGCAAUGAGGACGAGUUCGAAGCCCCCGACGAUGCUUACAUUCUGGACUCCGCCGAGAACGCCGGAAUCGACCUCCCUUACUCCUGCAAAGCUGGAGCUUGUUCCACCUGCGCCGGUCUCUUGGUUUCCGGCAAUGUCGACCAGUCUGAUGGAUCCUUUCUCGACGAAUCUCAGAUGGCCGACGGAUACGUCCUGACCUGCAUCUCGUAUCCGAAAUCUGAUUGCAUCAUCCAUACUCAUAAGGAAGGGGAGCUUUACUGAAUGAUCUGAAAAUUUUAGAUUUAAUAAAAGGAAGACUUGCAUGCAUGCCACUUUAUUCAUACACAUUUACAUGUCGAACGCUUGAAAGUUUUAAUUUUUACAUGUAUGCCGCCCUGCCUAUGCAUGAAAAGAUGUGUUUCACGAAAUAGUGAUAUUUUUGACGUGAUAUGAAAGAUUUGGGUGGUGUGAAAUGUAAAAAGGUGAAUGUUUUGCGGUUAGAUAUGUAAAUACAUAAGAAUUGGGUGGCAGUAUGCGUUCCAAUGUUUUGGGUGGGUUCUAUGGGCUUAGUUUGAUGCGAAUUCAGUGCUGUUUAAUUGCGUCUGGAAUUCAUUUGGUUUAACAUUGUGCAGAUAAU